AUAAAAAGUAAUAUAUAAAAAAAUCCCGCGACUUACAUGUGACGUCAGUGUAUCAAAUAGAACUACAUUUCCCAUCUGCGUUUGGCGAGUCACGUGAUGCGCGAUAACCGUAAUAGCGUGUCUGAUGAUUUUAUCCGCACGCAGCGGGACGCAGUGACCCUGAAGUGAAUCGGGGUGAUUUUAUUUCUCUUGUUGGAGCGUUUGGGGUGAUUUGGGGCUGAUGGGGGCCGCGGACAGCAGGAGCAGGUCUGUGUCGUACGGACUCGACGAACAGGACAAUGUCACGGUUAUACACGGAGUAAAGUUGUCCGGAGAUGUUCUUCAGCGGAUGCGAGAGUCUGGACCAUCAUCAUCAUCAUCAUCACUCAAAGCAGAGAGCACCAAACCUGAACCAGGUACGAUCACUUCCGCUCCUGUCUUCAACUACUCUCGUUUCUUUCUCAUGUUGGUCUGUUAUUCUGAUCUCCCAGGGCCGUCCAGACCGUCCUCCACAGAGACCCAGGAGGAGCUCAGAAGACGGUUCGAGCGCGAGCAGGCUCUGGUCCAGGAAGAGUUGGCCCGGAUCAGCCGUAGAGAGAGAGAGAUAUCAGGAGACGAUAUAAAGACACGGCAGGAAGUAGACAAAACACACAACCUGCCGGAUGAGUUGAGCGUUCGGGCCCGGCAGCUGAAGAAGAAAGAAAACGAGCUGAAACAUCUGGAGCAGUUUUACAAGGAGCAGCUGCAUCUGAUGGAGAAGAAGAACACUGAAUAUUAUCAACAGACCGCACACAUGUACGAGCAGCAGGCGCUCAAAGCAGACUCCAGAGUCAAGCCUCGUCAGGUGAGUCCGGUCUGCCCCGAGCUGCAGUCUCAGGUGUUGAGCUGCUACAGACUGAACUCUCAGCAGACACUGCACUGCUCACAGCUCGCCAAAGACUACAUCAACUGCAUCAACUCCAAGAAGAACCUGCUGGUGAACCAUGGAUGAUGAUGAUGAUGAUGAUUGGUGCUAAAAGAGAAGAACAGUGUUAGUGUGUGUGUGUGUGUGUGUGUGUGUGUGUGUGCGGUAUCAUUGUGUUGGUUUGUUGAGCUGAUCUUCAUUUACUGUGAUCAAAUAAAGUCUCUUCAGCAUC